AUGCGCCUUCAGACUCCUCCGCAACUGAAAAGUGCGCCUGUCAUUGUCGACGACGAAUCCGCCAUCCCAGAGUCAGUCAUUAUUGCCUGUCAGGAGGCCCAAAAGGGUGGCCUCCUGGCUUCUUCCAACUACGGAAAUCUACUCGCAUCAAUGUCGGGUUACGAGAAACCCCAAUCCUAUGGCUACGGCUACGGCAUUGCCACACGACCUGAUCAGGCACCUGGCUAUCCCGCAUACAACCAAUCACAGUUCAACCUCUCCUACUCAAAUUCCCACGCGCAGGUUCCAUCUGGUCUCCCAGAUGCUGCUCAAAUCCCUUUGCUAACUGAAGAGUCAUACCAAUCCCAUGACUCGUCUUAUGCUCAACAAAAUGCACCAUCCUAUCCUUCUUACAUGGCUGCCGGGUCCCGUACCUUGCCUGAAAUCGUCUCGCUUACGCCACAACGAGGUCCUGCAGGAGGUCGAUUCAUCAUCUACAUGAACGCCACUGAGGACUUGGAAAGCAACGGAGUCUCUUUCAUCGUGUCUUUCGGUAACAAGCGCUGCGAAGGUCGUCUCACCACCUUGCCCGGUUCUGGCCAGCAACCAAACUUUGCCAUUCUCGUUGACGUUCCCGCAUUCGAGGCUACUGCAUCAUCGAGCACUGCAGUCACCAUCUACCUGGAGAUGGUAGACAGUAACAAGCAAGCCUUGAACGUGCCUGUCGAGGUUGGUCAGUACACAUACACGGACGCGACACCUUAUGCCAUCUCGAGUCCAUCGCAAGGCAGCACGCGCAAGAGGAAGAUGUCAGAAGACGCCCAGUCACCGAACAAGCGUCCUUCGUCGCAGAACCUCCGCGACUCUCCUCUUCACAACCCUGGUGAAGUCAAAUUUUCCCCACCCUCGUCCAACAUGGUCGACCCAUAUUCCUCUCGUCCUCAGACGGCUUCCAGCGCAAUCUCGUACGCUCGUUCUUUCAACGCCCCGGCACCUACCCAGUACUCGCAGACUCUGCAACAAGCACCGACGUACAGGCUGGCUCCUACCCCCAUUGGUAUGCCUCAACCACAGCCCUUCAACUCGUACCCUUCGGCAUAUAUGACCAGUGACCGGGCAGCACCUACUGCUCAAGUCACCAACCCGUCGCCUACUGGCAUGUCACCGAGCCAACCAUUCAACCCAUACGCCAUGUACCCUUCCAACAUCAAAGCUGUUCUCAAGCUGGAGGGUGAUCUUAACGGCAUGGCCAACGACUGGAACGCCGACGAGGUUUCUGCAAGACGUCGCAUUGUACGCUUCCGCCGCAGUCAGAAUGGUAGUGUCAUUUCUGCUUCCUUCCAACCCGUUACACCCGAGGAACAUGCGCAAGCGCCUGGUUGCAUCUACGUCAACUGCAUCUGGUGGGAGGAGGAGAACGGCUGCUACAUCACCAGUGUCGAUACCAUUCAACUCUUGGAGUCCUUGGUUGCCGUUCGCUUCACUGUCGAAGAGAAGAAUCGCAUCCGUCGCAACCUCGAAGGCUUCAGACCUCAGACAGUGUCAAAGACUAAGACCAAGUGCGAAGAGUUCUUCAAGAUUAUCAUGGGAUUCCCAAGUCCCAAGCCACGCAACAUUGAGAAGGACGUCAAGGUCUUCCCCUGGAGAAUCCUUGCAGGCGCCCUCAAGAAGAUCAUUGGCAAAUACUCUGCAAGUUACUCCUCGACUGCUGGCGCCUUGCCCUCUCCAAGCUCGGUCGCACCACCCAGACAUCAGCUGCACAGCUCGUCCCCUCCUUCAGUCACAAGCAACACUUCCAUGUCAUUCCCUACCAGCAUGACCGCGACGAGCAUGCCCAUGCAUCAAUCAAACAUAUCAGCAGGUAUGGGUGCCAUGUCAGCUGGACUUGGCGACUCACGCCUCAUGAUGCAGCAACAGCAGCCGCAGGCGCAGCAGCAGCAACAACAACAACAACAACAACAACAACACCAGCAACAUCAAUACCAGCCGCAGCAUCAUUAUCAACAUCAAAGUCAACAGCCGCCACUACAACAAUCUCAUGCUCAAGGGCCUCAACCCGGUGUCGGCUGGCAUCAGCCAUCGACUCACUACACAACUGAGCCCAUUGUGCCAAACCGUACGAACAGCAUAGAUUUCGCUACUUUGUGGGAGACGACCAACCCGCAAGUACCUCAAGGCCACCAACAGCAGCGUAUUCCAUCGAUCAGUCAGUCGUUGCCUCAUUUGUGGCCGCAGCAGGACUGGAAAGAUUACCGCACUACGCAAGCCUAG